AUGGCGGAGCUGCAACGAUCUGUAACGACGUUCAGGAGGUCAGGGUCAUCAGGGCUGGUGUGGGAUGAGAGGCUGUUCUCCGGGGACCUGACUCAGAUAAAGAAGAAGGAGAAGGAGGAGGGGGAGGAAGAGGAGGGAGGAGCCGCAGAGUUCAGGGAGCUAAGGCACUCGAAGAGCGUGGCAUCGAUCGGAAUGCUGGGACGCAGCCACAGCACCGGCAGCGGCAGGGGCUUCCGCGCAGGUGCCGUCUUGCCGGCCGUCGACCCGCCGUCUCCUGAGGUCCCUCGUUGCGUCUGCUGUGGGUUCCUCGGCAAGCACGGGUCGGCAAAGCCAUCGAAGCCGAGAAGGCGGUGA